AUGGCGCAAACAAUCGACAGACUCCUCAACCUCGUAGUCGACAAACCCAAUGAAGUGCUCCAACACCUCGAAUCUUCACCCAACCUCGCCUCACAGCAAGAUCGCCACGGCUACUCUCUCCUCCACGCGGCCGCAUCCUACAACCACCCCGAUGUCCUUCGUACCCUCCUCACCACCUACAACGUCUCCCCCAACCUCGUAGACGAAGACGGAGAAACUUGCCUCUACAGCGUCGAAACACUAGACAUGGCCAAAUUCCUCGUUGAGCAAUGUAACGUCGACACCACGCAUAAGAACGACGAAGGCCAGACCGCGGCUGAGAAAUUCGAAAGCGAGGGGGAUUAUCCAGAGAUUGCAAAUUACCUGGCUGGGCUGAUGGAGGGUGGUGCUGCGGCUAGCGUCUUGUCGCAAACAGGCAACCCUAGUGCACAACAAGCUGCUGCGGGUACGACAAAUGGCACAAAUGGAGCUGGCGCACCGCCACCACUUCCUAACGGUGUAAAGAUUGAUCUGGGCACCAUGGCAGAGGAUGAGAUGGGUGAUGCUCCGGAUCCGGAAUUCAGGAGGAGGAUUGAUGAGUUGGCUGCCAGACCUGACUUCCAGAGUGAAGAGACACAGAGGGAAUUGAGAGAGUUGGUCCAAGAUGCGCUGGGUGGCGUACGAGCAGAGGAGAGAGAGGUCCGCCAAAGAACCUCGUAA